GGCUCCUUACACUCGGUGACGGUUGGAGAAUCUGUGUUAGGUCUUAUGGAGAAGCCCCGGGGUAACGAGGAGACCCCAUCUUCAGAACCCAUGGAAGAGGAAGAGGAAGAUGACUUGGAGCUCUUUGGUGGCUAUGACAGUUUCCGGGCCUACAACAGCAGUGCGGGCAGUGAGAGCAGCUCCUACCUGGAGGAGUCGAGUGAGGCCGAGAACGAGGAUCGGGAAGCUGGGGAGCUGCCCACCUCCCCACUGCACUUGCUCAACCCUGGGACUCCCCGCUCGUUGGAUGGCAGUGGGUCUGAACCAGCUGUCUGUGAGAUGUGUGGUAUCGUGGGCACCAGAGAAGCCUUCUUCUCCAAGACCAAGCGGUUUUGCAGUGUCUCCUGCUCCAGGAGCUACUCCUCCAACUCCAAGAAAGCCAGCAUCUUGGCAAGAUUACAGGGAAAACCACCCACCAAGAAGGCCAAAGUCCUGCACAAGGCCGCCUGGUCGGCGAAGAUCGGAGCCUUCCUCCACUCCCAGGGGACUGGACAGCUAGCAGAUGGGACGCCAACUGGACAGGAUGCUCUGGUCUUGGGCUUCGACUGGGGGAAGUUCCUGAAGGAGCACAGUUACAAGGCUGCUCCUGUCAGCUGCUUCAAACACGUCCCGCUCUAUGACCAGUGGGAGGACGUGGUGAAAGGGAUGAAGGUGGAGGUGCUCAACAGUGAUGCUGUGCUCCCCAGCCGGGUCUACUGGAUUGCCUCUGUCAUCCAGGCAGCGGGCUAUCGGGUGCUGCUCCGCUAUGAAGGCUUUGAAAGUGACGCCAGCCAUGACUUCUGGUGCAACCUGGGAACCGUGGAUGUACACCCCAUUGGCUGGUGUGCCAUCAAUAGCAAGAUCCUGGUGCCUCCGCGGACCAUCCAUGCCAAGUUCACUGACUGGAAGGGCUACCUCAUGAAGCGGCUGGUGGGCUCCCGGACCCUCCCUGUGGAUUUCCACAUCAAGAUGGCGGAGAGCAUGAAGUACCCCUUCCGGCAGGGCAUGCGGCUGGAAGUGGUGGACAAGGCCCAGGUGUCGCGGACUCGCAUGGCCGUGGUGGACACAGUCAUCGGGGGCCGCCUGCGGCUCCUCUACGAGGAUGGUGACAGUGAUGAUGACUUCUGGUGCCACAUGUGGAGCCCCUUGAUCCACCCAGUGGGCUGGUCACGGCGUGUUGGCCACGGCAUCAAGAUGUCAGAGAGGCGCAGCGACAUGGCUCACCAUCCCACCUUCCGGAAAAUCUACUGUGAUGCAGUCCCCUACCUCUUCAAGAAGGUACGAGCUGUCUACACUGAAGGUGGUUGGUUUGAGGAGGGGAUGAAGCUGGAGGCCAUCGACCCCCUGAACCUGGGCAACAUCUGUGUGGUGACCAUCUGCAAGGUUCUGCUGGAUGGCUACCUGAUGAUCUGUGUGGAUGGUGGGCCCUCCACGGAUGGCUCAGACUGGUUCUGUUACCACGCCUCCUCCCACGCCAUCUUCCCAGCCAUGUUCUGCCAGAAGAAUGACAUUGAGCUCACACCCCCGAAAGGAUACGAGGCACAGACUUUCAACUGGGAGGCCUACUUGGAAAAGACGAAGUCAAAAGCAGCCCCAGCAAGACUCUUUAACAUGGACUGCCCCAACCACGGCUUCAAGGUGGGCAUGAAGCUGGAGGCCGUGGACCUGAUGGAGCCCCGGCUCAUCUGCGUGGCCACCGUGAAGCAGGUGGUGCAUAGGCUCCUCAGCAUCCACUUUGACGGCUGGGACAGCGAAUACGACCAGUGGGUGGACUGCGAGUCCCCGGACAUCUACCCCGUCGGCUGGUGCGAGCUCACCGGCUACCAGCUCCAGCCCCCCGUGGCUGCAGAGCCAGCCACACCUCUGAAGGCCAAGGAAGCCACAAAGAAGAAGAAGAAACAGUUUGGGAAGAAACGGAAAAGAAUACCGCCUGCCAAGACCCGGCCCCUCCGGCAGGGCUCCAAGAAGCCCCUGCUGGAGGAGGAGCUGCAGGCCGCAGAGCAGACCGCGGCUGAGCCCGUUCCUGACGAGGUCACCGAUGAUGUGCAGGUAAAAGAGGAGCACCCGGCCAGGGCUACACCCGACACGGCUGCCAGUCCCCAGCUGCCUGUCCCCGUCAAGGACAUCAAGCAGGAGACAGGCGACUGA